GACAAUAAAAACCUUACCAGUGAGUAGAGCUGUCCUUCAGUCAAAAUCUUUCUGUAAUUUUCCUGAUGAAUGUGAAAGUAGCCUCCAGUGCUGUGGAAAACCAUUAAUUUUCACCUAUCAAAUCGAAACCAAAAUGUCCAACAACGCAGCACAUCGACACCGGUACAAAAAUGUCGGCCUCGAUUCGACAGAGAUGCGCCGGCGCCGAGAGGAGGAAGGAAUUCAGCUGCGCAAGCAGAAACGCGAACAGCAACUCAUCAAACGUCGCAACGUAAAUGUUGCCGAAGAACUGGACCAGGAUGCGAUUUUAACUGACGAAGCCCAAUCCGCGGAUCAGCCUGCGUUAAUCAAGCCGGAAACCAUUCAGGCGCUAUAUAGUGCAAGCGUGGAGGAACAACUGGCGGCGACACAGAAAUUUCGCAAACUGUUAUCGAAGGAGCCGAAUCCACCGAUUGAUCUGGUUAUUCAGCAUAAUAUCGUGCCACGGUUCGUAGAAUUUCUGGCCAACACGACCAACUCGACCCUACAGUUUGAAGCCGCCUGGGCUUUAACCAACAUCGCGUCCGGCACCUCAGAGCAAACCAGCGUGGUGAUAGCGGCUGGGGCGGUUCCAAUUUUUAUCAAACUACUAGAGAGUCCCCACAUUGACGUACAGGAGCAGGCCGUUUGGGCACUUGGCAAUAUUGCCGGUGAUUCACCGGAAUGCCGAAACUUUGUGUUAGAUGCUGGUGUACUUGAACCGUUGCUACACGUCCUGAGCACUUCGACCCGGCUAAAUCUGACGCGAAAUGCAGUUUGGGCCCUAUCAAACUUAUGCCGCGGCAAGAAUCCUCCGCCGGACUUUUCCAAGGUGGAAAAAGGUCUUCCGAUUCUGGCUCGGCUUAUGUUCCAUAACGACGUGGAAGUUUUGGGCGACGCGGUUUGGGCUGUGAGCUAUCUAUCCGACGGACCGAACGAUAACAUUCAGGCAGUCAUAGAUGCUGGCUGCUGCCGGAGGCUGGUCGAACUGCUAUUGCACAGCAACAAUAAUGUCGUUUCGGCUGCCCUGCGAGCGGUCGGUAACAUCGUAACGGGCAACGACACCCAGACGCAGCUAAUCCUCAACUGUAAUGCCUUACCGUGCAUCCUGCAGCUGCUGAGUUCACCGAAGGAAACGAUCCGGAAGGAGGCUUGUUGGACCAUUUCGAAUAUCGCAGCCGGCAACCGGCAGCAAAUACAGGCAGUUAUCGAUGCUACUAUUUUCCCCAGCAUUAUUGAUCUGCUAUCGAAGGCUGACUUCAAAACUCGAAAAGAGGCAGCAUGGGCGAUUACAAAUGCUACCAGCGGGGGCACCGUGGAUCAGAUCAAGUAUUUGGUCCAAUCCGGAUGCAUACCACCGAUGUGUGAGCUGUUGACUGUGAUGGACCCGAAGAUCGUGACGGUAGCUCUGAAUGGCCUCGAGAAUAUACUCAAAGCGGGCAAUCAACACAAAGUCAAACCGAAUCCGUACGCAAUGCAAAUUGAGGAAUGCUAUGGUCUGGACAAAAUUGAAUUCUUGCAGUCACAUCAGAACAAAGAAAUCUACGAAAAGGUAUUCAACAUCAUUCAGACCUACUUCAGCAAUGACGAGGAGGACGUUGCUGUGGCACCAUCCGCCGAGAACAACCAGUUUCAGUUCAAUGCCGAUCAAUCUGUGCCAAUGGACGGUUAUCAGUUCUAAGCUGAAGUCAAUCUAAUUGAUACACGACACGUAAACGUGCAGAACCGACAAGAAACCAAAAAUCCAAACCCACAUGACUUGCACAUGACCGACUGACUACCCGACAGACGGCUUUCGAAAUGACGUAACAAACACCCCGUACCGGGAUAGGCUAACCAUCACUGAACCGAAUAGGGCAGCAGAUACGUAGAACAUAGACCAUAGAUAAAAACUAUUGUGACGAAAGUUUUAGACAACCCACGCCAUUUUUUUUAAGUUGACGAAGCACGAAAAAGGAAGAAAGCAGAAGUUACACCGAGCUGGCUCUAGCUUCUAACCUAGAGCCAAAUGAUGGCCUUUUAUUGACCACCUGUUUGUGACGAGACAACACCCUCAAAGAAAAUUUCAGAACUAUAAAGGAAAACCUUAUAUUUCAAUCUAUUAAGAAGAUAUACUGUUUAACAGCAGAGUAAAGGAUUUUUGUACCCUCUCCAUCCGUUCCGCAAUCUGAGCCCUAUACAAAACACGCUAUGUGUAGUUUAUGUAUAGCGGAAAACAGGAAUGUAGAUCGCGUAACCGCAACCAACAUGAAAUAAAAGAACAUGAUAUUUCUGACUAACAACAACAAACGACAUGUGAUUAGUGUUUACUAGUGCUAUGGAACGAGUUGGAAUGACGCAACGUAGCCAUGAUAAAAGUAACAAAACGGACACA